UUCUGGUUUUAUUGCAGCUUUUUGUUUUGUUAUUAGAGUUAUACUGAAAUUGCAGAGCUCUUUUCAUCGUUUCUAAGUAGAAUAUACAUCCAAAAUUCGAACUUUUGUUACUUUGGUGUUGAAUUUUGUGAUUUUUGUUCCAUAGAAUAAUUUCUAUCCUGUAAAGGUGGUCAAUGUGGAAUCUUUUGUUAUGCUAUAUGUUUAUAUUAGUUAAUCACUGACUUAUAGAAACCAUUCCUCCUUAACACUUCUGUCUAUGUAGGCCAGAUUGGCCUUGAAUAAUAAGAUUUUUAAUUUGCUGUAAGUACAUUUUGUAAUUUUUUUUUUUUAGUUAAAAUAUGCUGAAGUAUGGUUUGUAGUAUCAUUUAUGUGAGUCUAAUUUUGAUGUUUGGAUUACAUGGUGUUGUGAGUCCUGCACAAUGUAUUGUCUGCAUUGGUGGUUGAUGCCCUUCAUGUUUUUCUUUCUCUUUGUUGCCCAAUUACAUGGAGCUUGGUGUCUGGAUUGCUAGCAGAUAUUAUGUGCUUCAGCACCUUCUGUCACUACAACAUUGCGAGUGCUUGUGCAUCUCUUGUAGAAUGAGCUGAUGCAGCUCUUUUGAUGUUACUUUGAGAAGACAAGACAAAGAACAAUGCGCUAGAUAGCAAGUCAGAAACCAUGGUUGAUGCUCAAGCAUGUUUAUUUUCACAACUUUUUAGAUCCUUUGAUCAGGACUCCGGUUCUUUUCAGAAGUAUAUAUUAGCCUACAUCCUAUUAGCUAGAAACGGAGAAAUAUUGAAGAAAGUAAGAGAAAGCAUGUGCAGAGAGCUUUAUAGAUCUGGUUUAGAUUUGAUCGGACAGAAGAAAAGAUGUCCUGCAGUUAAGAAGCAACCAGGAAGUGAUUAUAAUGGACAAAGAUCAGAGGAUUCUCUUCUUCCAGGCCUUCAUGAUGAUAUUGCACUAGAUUGUCUAGCUUGGGCACGUAGAUCGGAUUAUCCUUCAUUGGCUUGUCUGAGUAAAAGAUUCAACUUGUUGAUUGGCAGUGGAUAUCUAUACAGAUUAAGGAGACAACUUGGUAUCAUUGAGCACUGGGUUUACUUAGCUUGUAGCUUGAUGCCAUGGGAAGCAUUUGACCCUAACAGGCAGAGAUGGAUGAGGCUACCACGAAUGCCAUGUGAUGAGUGUUUUUCUUAUGCUGACAAGGAGUCCCUUGCAGUAGGAACUCAACUUCUUGUCUUUGGUCGGGAGUUGACUGGUUUUGCUAUUUGGAUGUAUUGUUUAGUAAGGCGCAAUUGGUCGAGAUGCCCAUCAAUGAACUUAUCCCGCUGUUUGUUUGGAUCAGGAAGCUCUGGAGAAAUUGCUAUUGUUGCUGGGGGAAGCAAUAAGAAUGGCCAUGUUCUAAAAUGUGCUGAAUUGUACAAUUCUGAAUUAGGCACAUGGGAAACUCUACCUGACAUGAACUUACCGCGGAAAAUGUGUUCUGGGUUUUUUAUGGAUGGGAAGUUUUAUGUUAUAGGUGGUAUGUCGAGCCAUACAGAUUCCUUAACUUGCGGCGAGGAGUAUAAUCUUGAAACUAGGAUGUGGAAGAGAAUUCGAAAUAUGUAUCCAGGGGGCAACAGAGCCACUCAGUCUCCACCAUUGGUUGCUGUUGUAAAUAAUCAACUCUAUGCUGCUGAUCAGGCCAUAAAUGUAGUUAAGAAGUAUGAUAAAGUAAAUAAUACUUGGAAUGUAGUAAAGCCACUGCCUGUUAGAGCUGAUUCGUAUAAUGGCUGGGGUCUGGCAUUCAAGGCUUGUGGUGACAAGUUGCUGGUGAUCGGUGGCCAUCGAGGGCCUCAAGGCGAAGUCAUUGUGCUGCACUCGUGGUGCCCCGAGGAAGGAAACACUGGACCAGAAUGGGAUGUGCUUGCUGUCAGGGAAAGAGCUGGGGCUUUUGUUUACAAUUGUGCAGUAAUGGGUUGCUAAUUAUCGGAAAGGUAAUAGUCUUAUUUAAUUGAUGCAAUGGCUUACACAUCUUAAGGUAUGUACUUACAUUGGUAAUCUGUAUCUUCUUGAUGGUGUUAUCUUUACCCUCAUUUGUUCUUUAAUACCUUGGAGGACAACAUCUUCAUGUUUCUUGGAUUUUCCAUUUCCGGUAUAAAAUUCUAUUCAUGAAUUUGAAUUCUUGUA